GUGAGAAUAGGAGAAGAGGAGGGGCGGACUGACGGUGGGAGGUACAGAAGUUUGGGAUGAUUCUAAGGAGCUGAGACCCAAAGCGUUGAGGCUGAAGUAGUCAAAUGCAGUCAGGGAGAGAACAGCGGACGAAAACACAAAGCACACGGACAUAUCCCUGACGCACCCACGACGAGUGGAAACAGCAGGAGAUCACCACUACGGCUACAGAAGGCCAACAUACCAGCAUACCACUACAAUACAAGCUGGUCCCAACUUCAUUGACAAGAGUGUGAAGGAAUCUGAACUGAUGCAUAAAGGACUAGAAGCGUGAGAACCGCAAGGGGAGAUUUGAGAGAAGACAGGAGAGAGCGAGAGAAGUUGUUAAAGUGUGUGAACAUUGUCCACCUGCUUGUAUACGUGGUUAAGAGAAGGAGGGAGAGUUUCAGUGUAACUUCAAGAAGAGAAGAGAACCGCAAGGAUCGGAGAGAGGCUCUACCCUGCUCCACGCAAUUUGACCAUGAGUAUGAGCGGCACAUUGGAGAAGGGGGCUCACCACCAGGCCCUUGACCUCUCUGAGGAGCUCUCUCCCCACAUGCACCCCCAUCAUCACCCCCACCACCAGCACCACCACCACCUCCAGCACUCCAACUCCCUGGCCUCCACCGCCCCCGCGGGGACACCCUCCGGCGUGGUGGUGCCUCCCCCGUACUUUGCGGCCGAGAGCGGGGGAGGAGGGAGUGACGCUCCCCUGGAGCUGAGGGGCUCUCUGGACUGCUGGGCGUGCUCGGUGCUGGUGACGGCCCAGAACCUGGUCAUAGCGGGGAUCAACGCCUGUCUGGCCGGACUGGUGUUCGGACUCAUCCUCACCCCGGCUAUAGUGAUGGUGGUGUUUGGGUUCCUGUGUCAUUCUACGGUGCGCCCUCAGGGGACGACCCACUACUGUUCGGACCUGCUGAGCGAUGGGGGCUGUGUGGCCCUCCUGGUGGUCGGGUUCCUCCUGGUUACCCCCCUCCUGGUACUGGCUCUGGCUGCCUACUGCCGUCUGGCGCGUCACCUCCAGCUGGGGCUCUGCUUCAUACCUUACUCCAGGGCCGUCUACAAGAACCUGCCCGCUACAAAACACCGUGGCCUGGGAGGGGGUUGCUGUGGAGGCAGCAGGUCUGGAGGGGAGGGAGGCGGGAAGGGAAAGGUCUGGGUGUGAAGGGGGAGAAAG